CCCGCCCGGAAUAGACGCAGCACGUGCGUCCCGCGCGACACACGUCGCUCGCGGCCCCGCUCGCCGCGCCGGAACAACCGAAACUACGACAAACAAGAAUAAACUUAACUAUAAGCAACCGCGUUGUGAAUUAACUCACAUUAGAGCCACAAUAAUAAGUGUUUAGCCUCAUAUUUGUAGAGAACUAUUUAUAAGUUUUGUUGACAUCAGCGGAUAGUUACUAUAACCGCAGCGCUAUCGUAGUGGCCUUGUUAUUUAUCUCUUACGGCAGCGAGCUUUCAGUUUCGUACAGUGCUUAAAGUUUUGGAUGUACUUCGUAUGUAUCGGAAGUUUUGGUGUUAGAUAGAAAGUUUACGGUUGACAAUUAGCCUUAAAUUUGCACAAGAAAUUUAGUGUAACGAUGUGCCUUAAGUUUUAUUAGUGUAUGUGUUGUCUCGCUUGCUCUUUUGGAGUGUCGUGUGCGUGCGAGCGAGAUGCGCGGCUGUGUGUGGGCGUGCGUGGUGGCGCUGGCGCUGCUGCCGGCUGCGCGCGCGCACUCGCAGGCCACCGCCGACAACCUGCUCAUUGUGAAGAAAUGGGCGCAGACUAUCGGUGAGGAGUUGUGGGGACUUAGUGAGUCGCUCACUAAAUCCGAUGAGAUUAGGAUAAAAUACAAACAAAUGAACGCGAGCGUCAAGAAAAAAGACGGGAAGCAAAUUCUAGAGUCUUCACUGAAAUCCGUGAGCGCUAUGCUGACGAGGAAAAUCAAUGCAGUCAAAUGCAUCCACGCUGUGGCCACGGAGUUGGCGAAGCAGCACAACUACUCGGAGAUCAGGGAUCCUGACUUCGACUUCGACUAUUGUUCGGCGAAGUAUUCGACGUUCAUCACGGAGAACGGCGAAGAGCUGCCAAUUAAUGAUCCGCCGAAGUUCGCCAUCAAUAAUACUCACUACAAUACGGUGCACCUCGAGAAAGACUCUCACUUCUACAACAUCAGUGUCAAUACCACCACCAGCUGCGUGCACGUGCCCACUAAUAUUUAUUAUAGAGAGCGAGAUGCCCUAAACGCAAUAUUAUGGACCAAAGGUCUCAACGAGAUAUUCACUCGGAACUACGAGUCGGACCCGUCUCUCUCGUGGCAAUACUUCGGCAGUUCUCACGGCAUCAUGCGGUUCUAUCCGGCCAUGCCGUGGAACAUGCGCGAGACCGACACCUACGACUGCCGCGUGAAGUCCUGGUACAUUGAGGCCGCCACCUGCUCCAAAGACGUCAUCAUCCUCUUCGACGUCUCAGGGUCAAUGACCGGGUUCAAGAACUAUGUCGCCAGAAGGACCCUCCGCUCUUUGCUCGACACGUUGUCCAAUAACGACUAUGUGAAUGUGUACUCCUUCAAGAAAGAAACGAAGGAGGUGGUAGCUUGUUUCGUGGACCUGGUGCAGGCCACGCCGGAGAAUCUGGAGUCCAUCAAGAACACUCUAGAGCCGGACGAGGAGACCGGCGUGCACAAGGACAAGCUGGAGGGCUACGCUAACUUGACUAUAGCUUACAUUACAGCUUUCAAAAAGUUGAAGGAAAGAAGGUCCCACUGCAACGUGAGCAGCACACAGGGCUGCAACCAGCUGGUGAUGGUAAUCACGGACUACGUGCCCGGGAACCUCACCGAGGUGUUCGAGGAGCACAAUCGGGAGACCGUGGGCAACAAGACGUACAUACCGGUCCGGGUCUUCACGUACCUUAUUGGGAAGGAGGUGACCAAUGUGAGGGAGACUCAGUGGAUGGCGUGCCUUAAUCGAGGCUACUUCGUGCACAUCCACUCGGUGGAGGAGGUGCAGCAGCAGGUGCUCAAGUACAUCAACGUCAUCGCCAGACCCAUGAUCCUGGCGAAUGAGGAGCCUCCGCCCACCUGGACGCACGCCAAUAUAGACCACACGCGAACUAUUACGUGGAACGUGAGUGGUGAUGUGUGGAAGCCCGACGAAGAUAAGCUAGUGACAUCUGUGGCAAUACCGGCUUUCGACAUGAAAUACAACGAUUUGAAUAACGACGCUAUUCUGCUUGGGGUAGCCGGUACCGACGUUCCUAUAGACAGUCUAGCCAAGCUAGCUCAGCCACAUCAGCUCGGUGUUAAUGGGUAUUCGUUUAUCGUGAGCAACAACGGCUACUUGCUUUUGCAUCCACUCCUGAUUGCUACGAUAAACGGCAGACUCCAAAAGAACUACAACAGCGUGGACUUCGUGGAGGUGGAGCAGGUGGACGACGGGAAGGGCCCGCGCGAGCUCGGGGACAAGAUCACGCGGCUGCGGGAGAGCCUCGUCAACGGCACCGACGGCAACAUGACCGCCGUGGAGGUGCUGUACCACUAUGAUAGCAUGAGGAGGAUCGCGCGCGUCAAACACGAUUAUUUCUUCAACAAGUUGAAUGACACCCCGUUCUCCAUGGGGAUAUCCCUGCCGAGGGGGUAUGGGGAUACUGAACUACUGCUGAAGGAUAACCCCCUGGAAGCCAAACAGGGCAUGGAGCUGAUCGGAGUCAAUGUCACCAGCUACUUCAAUUACACUUUUAGGAUUCAUCCUGAUUGGGUGUACUGUAAAUACCACUAUUUGGAGGGUCACGAGUCCAACAACGCUGAAAUAGAAAUGUGGAAGUUUUUAGCGAAUAUUUCCAAGAAUGAAAUUGAUAUCACCAAGAAGCAGUAUAACGAGGACUACACUGAGAAGGCGAAGGAGAAAUUUAAUGUUGACACACACUGCGGCAACACCAGCAUAGGCAAAGACGAUUACUACUGCAACGAAGACUUAGUCAAGCAACUGGUGUUCGACGCCAAGCUCACCGACCCCUACUUCCGAACUUGGAAGGCUCUGGACUUCGAGCGAGAGCUGGCCAAGAAGUAUGACGUCAGCGUGCGGUUCAUAGCCACCGCCAGCGGACUCACGAGAUGGCACUAUGUGAGGGAAGAGGACAGCGAUAAGAAUGAGAUCGUGAGGGAGGAUGGUACUAGAGAGAAGAAGUUUAAGGGAGAAGUGUUCGGAGACAACCACAACUUCAACUCCAUAGAGGAGACGUGGUACAAGGCGGCCGUCCUGCAACACAUGAUCAACAAGGAGUCCCUCGUGAUCGCCACCCCCCUCCCCGUGCUCGAUGACACCAUACAAGACGAACCUUCCGUAGAGAACGAAGAGGGGGAUAUUACUAUAACAGCGUCGUACGCGAUCUUCUACAAAGACGGGAACUCCGAGACGCCGGCGUCGGUCGUCGGCUUUCAGUUCUCGUAUCUGAACUUUAUUUCGAGAUUUUUGAGCAUUACUAACAAGACUGAGGGUCUCUCAUGCGACGGCAAAGUAUACGACUGCUACAUAGUGGACAGCUCGGGCUACAUAGUGCUCUCCCUGGAGAAGGCAGAGGUCGGCCAGUUCUUCGGAGUAGUCCAGCCGUAUGUGAUGCAGUCGUUCCUGGACACCGGCGUGUUCGAGCACGUGGAGGUGUUCAACUACCAGGCGCUGUGUCCAGUGUCCACGUUGAGCAAGGAACCUAGUCACGCGUGGUCAAUGACCUCUCCUUUCAGUAUCAUCGGCAGUUUUAUACGUUGGCUGCUUGUCGAGGCAGUUAUAAUGAUGUCUAGUGUUUAUGAUCAAGGCACCAAUGCAUUUGUUAUUGGAGAAUAUGAUGACUACUAUAUCUUAAACACUGACAAUGCAGAGGAAGACGUGAACAGUACGGCGACGCCUGCCGCAGAAAACGAGACCGUGUCCGCUAAAGAACCAGCUCCGUCGUUCUCGUGCGACCACCAGAUCAUCCUGUACAUCCUGAACCAGCAGCACUUCGAGGACGAGAUAGCGACAUCUAGCGAGAACGUGGAGUGUCACCCGCCGUACUGGGCUUCGUACGUGACGAAGACUAACCUGUUGCUGGCGGUGGUGCGGAGGGUGGACGCGGCAGAGUUCGCGGAGUGCCCGGCGGCGCCCAGCACGCACCCGGUGCCCACCAGCAACUCCACCACCAGCUCCGACCCCUGCCACAAGCUGGACCUGGGCCGCCUGCACCGCCGCCGACUGGAGGGCUGCUUCACCUAUCAUGACGAUGAGGCCCGCAUCACGGCGUGCGGGCUGGGCAGCCGGCAGCGAGCCAGCCUCGUCGUGCUGGCCCUCGCCGCCGCCGCCAGAUUGUUCUACUAAUGUGAUUGAAUACUAGUACUUACUACAUACUUUAUAUUUAUACCUUUGUUACUUUGACAGUAAACUUUGUUGCACCUA